AUGAGGAUCCACCAGUGUCACUUCUGUUCGGGGCCCAUAUACCCCGGCCACGGCAUCAUGUUCGUCCGCAACGACGCCAAAGAAUUCCGUUUCUGCCGCUCCAAAUGCCACAAGAACUUCAAGAUGAAGCGCAACCCGCGCAAACUCAAAUGGACCAAAGCCUUCCGCAAGUCGGCCGGCAAAGAGAUGGUCGUCGACACCACGCUCACCUUCUCCGCGCGGCGCCACGUGCCCACCCGCUACUCUCGCGACCUCGUCGCCAAAACACUCACGGCCAUGCAGCGCGUCGAGGAGAUCCGUGCCCGCCGCGAGCGCGUCUUCUACCGCAACCGCAUGGCGGGCAACAAGCAGCGCGAGCGCGAGGCCAACAGGAAGCUGGUUGCCGAGAACCAGCACCUGCUGCCGCGGGACCAGCGGACGGAUGCUGUUGCUGCUGAGGCUGCGAAGGAGGCUGAUGUGGUGAGUGAGGAUGGCAUGAUGGAUGUUGAGAGCGAGGAGGAGGAGCAGCCAGAGUUGGUCAAGGUCAAGGUGAAGGUCUCGAAGAGGAGGCAGAAGGUUGGUGCGGGUGAUGGGAUGGAUGUGGAUUGA